AUGAUAGUCAGACGCACCCUCCUACGCGCCGUCCACCCGCAGGCUAGGGCGUCCUACCUGGCCCUCUACAGCUACAGCCGCCGCUUCUCCGCUCGCAGCUCUGUACACUCGUCAUACAGCCGUUCCGACUUCAGCGGCCAGGGCUUCUCGUCGUCGUAUGAGACUGACCAGCCGACAAAGGGCCCGCUGGGCGGCACGAGCAAGGUGGGCCAGAGCCAUGUCACACCCAAGGCGCUGAGACAGCACCUGGAUCAGUUUGUAGUCGACCAGGACCGCGCAAAGGUCGUCCUGAGUGUCGCCGUGCACGAGCACUAUCUGCGGAACCAGGAGAAUCAGAGGCGGAAGGACGAGGCAGCUAGGUUAGAGGCUCAGGCACAGAGAAGAGAGCAGUUCAGCAGACAUGCCGUAGAAGACGAGUAUCCGGGCCAACAAUCGACAGUCGACGUCUACGGCCACAGUGAAGCGCAGUAUAACCAGCCAUCGGUCUUCGGAUCCUCAUCGCCGUUUCACCCCAAACCCGAGCAGCUGCUGGACACGACCGAACAUGAGGUGCAGCUCGAGAAGUCCAAUGUCAUGAUACUUGGCCCGACUGGCGUUGGAAAGACGCUGAUGUGCAAGACAUUGGCCAAGACACUCGGAGUCCCUAUUGCCAUGUCAGAUUGCACCACCUUCACGCAGGCUGGGUACAUUGGCGACGAUGUCGAGUCCUGCGUUGCCCGCCUCUUGUCCGCGGCCAACUAUGACAUCGAAGCUGCUGAGCAGGGCAUCAUAGUGCUCGACGAAAUAGACAAGAUCGCCGGAGCGAAGAUAGCGUAUGGCAAAGAUGUUGGAGGCGAAGGCGUGCAGCAGGCUUUGCUCAAGAUAAUUGAAGGCACAACUGUACAAGUACAAGCAAAGCCAGAGCGGAGCGCAGGCAAAGGUCCGGGUGGCUCAACAGGACGAGGAAGCCCGUACGAUGGUCCCGGAUCUGGCGAAAGUCGUUCUCCCCCAGGCCCCCCGGGUGGCAAAGGAGAGGUCUUCAAUGUUCGAACGGAUAACAUUCUCUUCAUCUGUACUGGUGCUUUCGCGAACCUCCACAAGAUCAUUGUUGAUCGGAAGGCGAUGGGUGGCAUGGGCUUUGGAGCAUCCAUUCGCACGUCAAAUGCUCACGCGGCAGCGGACGGAGUAAUGCUGAAGGGCGCUGACGCCCUCAGAUUCAAUGAAGGACACACCGUUCUUUUAGCAGCGCUCGACGAGGAAGCAUUGGUGCGUGUUCUGACAGAGCCCAAAGACAGUCUCGUCCGGCAGGAGGUAUACAAGUUCUCCCUCAGGGACAUCGAAUUGCAAUUUACCCAACCUGCGCUGCGCAAAAUUGCACAAAAGAGCCUAGGAACAACCGUAAAGCACAUCCUCGUCACGCAAGACGCCGCACUUCUCAAAUGCGCACCCCUGUACUUCCACCGCGGGCAAGAGGUAGCAUUCCAGACCACUCUGGCUCAAGAGGAGGAGAGGUGGGAGGAGCAGUUACGCCGCAAAGAAGACACCAAUAGCGAGCAGGUCAGCAGUUUCGAAGAGUACCGAAAAGCCGGUGCGGCAGGCGCGUAG